AUGGUGAGAAAGUAUGGUGAUGAGAUAUCCAUCACCGUCUUCUCACUUGAGGAACUGAGUUUUUCUCCACCUCCGGUCAUCGAAUCUGAUCAGAUCUUCCAAAACUGCAUUGAUACCAUGAUAAAUUUGACAGAAAAUUAUGUUAUGAAUGGGACUAGCUGCUGUGCACCCUUGUAUCAUAUCAACAUAGACAACAUAUUUUCUGCAGAGUUCAAAAUGGAGUUAUGGAGUUAAGUUAAAGUGAAGAAGAUUGAUGGGUUAAUUAAGAAUUGAAUUAUUGAUAAGUAUAGGGUUAGAAAUGAGGAUUUGAGGAUGAUAUUAUGCAUAUAUUUAUUAUAUAGUUGUACUAAAUUAAUUUGACUUGACAUAUGUGUUAACAAAAAUACAUUUGUUAUGUCUCCCUACCU